AAGUCUCAUCGCGCAUGUGCGAAAUAAUCUGGACCGUCCAACAACACUUUUCGUGUGACGCAAGCUGUGUGUGACGUAUUGGUACAUCCUAUAAAAAAACAGGAUACGGUACGAAAAUGGAUAGGUGGGAACGUGUCAUGAAAUGUAUUCUGCUUACUGUAAACGUUGUCAUCCUCAUUUUCGGAACUAUCACAACCAUUACAAGCGUGUGUCUGAUUAGCAAACCAUCAUAUAUAGCAGAAACAAAAGGUUUCUUUAAUGCUAUAUUUAUUGCAUUACUGAUUGUCGGAAUCAUUUGGAUGUCUAUCGCCAUUUUCGGAAUCGUUGCCGUCUUGCGGAAAGUCAAGUGUAUGCUCCUGACAUACGCCAUAAUCAUAUUUAUAUUGUUUGUGAUGAAUGUAAUCGGUCAAGUUGAGCAAUACAAUUCCCAGAAAGAAAUGAUAAAGUUAUUAGAGAAGAGAUUGAAAAGUUCGAUGCAACUUUACAAUGAUAAUAUAUUUGUUCGCAACUUCUGGGACAUGACACAGUCGACGUACGAGUGUUGUGGCCUUAACAGCUGGAAGGACUGGAAAGUAAAUGGUCUUACAGUACCAGACAGCUGUUGUAAAUCUGACCAGCAAUCGGACUGCGUCCUUGACUGGCAAGUUUACGUGGAAGGUUGCAUAAACGAUUUACGAAGCCAAAUACAGCAUCUUAUAAUUAUUGUAAAUGGUAUUAAUGCUGCAUUUACAAGUCUCUUGUUUUUUGGAUUAAUAUCGUCCUCUAUUCUCUACAAAAAGAUUAAAUACCAAGAACAAAGUACAUUAUAUGACGCUGGUCUUAAUAAUCAGGAUCCAGAAUGUAUGGGUCUUCGAAAUAUUUAGAAGACCAAGCAACUUUACCAAUUAAUAAAAUUAAUUGUCGUCAUAAACGCGGUUGAUUAAUUAUCACAUCGUGGUAAUUAAAAUAAAACGGAUUUCUAUCCCGUUGUUUCCGCAAAUUUCGCUUAUUUAUUACAUACACAGUAUUAUGUAUCAUGAUUACCAUCAUGUUGUACAUUUUAAUGUAAUUUAAAUAUUUAAGAUAUUUUAAUUUACAUGCAUAUUGCGUCAUUCCUAAAUAGCAAAACUUGUAGAAAUUAGUAAAAAUAGUUUACAAACUAACUUUCCCAAUGCUCCAAUUAAUAUUGUGUGUGUCUACACAAUCAUUUGCAUAAUUAUUUACUCUUAAACGAUAUCAAAUUGAAUGUCUUAUUACUAGAUUUUUUUAAUUAAAAUAUAAUAUUUAAUGUUUAUUUAUAUUUGUAAUAUAUGUAGAUAUCAUGCUUCGAUAGUAACUAGUUGAAAAGUCAAAAGUUAAGCAAAAAGUUAAAAAGCUAUUAACUUUUAACUUAAUUUAGUUAAUUUUAAAUGCGUUAAUUUUUAACUGUAACUAGUUAUUUUUAAACUUUAACUUAUUAACUAUUCUCUACGUCAAUUCUUUUUAUCUGUAUGAAUGACAGUAUAAUACAUAGGUACCAUCCUCAGCACAUGUAAAACGAAUGUUUAGUGCAGGUGGUUUGCUACUUGAUGACUU